AUGUCCAUUGCACAUAACUCCUUUGUUAUUUCCAUUACUUGCCAAUCUAAGCCUAAAAAUUACCAAGAAGCCAAGAAUUAUCCUGAAUGGUGCACAGUUAUAAGAGUUGAGAUUGAGGCUCUCGAACUUGAUGACACCUGGGUUUUAGUUGAUUUGCCUCCUUAUAAGGAAGCCAUUGGAUACAAGUGGGUGUAUAAGGUGAAUUUCAAUGUUGAUGGGAGUGUGGAGGGAUUUAAGGCAAGACUUGUGGCAAAGGGGUACAUCCAACAAGAAGGUCUCGAUUACCAUGAGACCUUCUCACCCGUGGCUAAAUCAGUUACUAUGAGAACCUUGUUAGCUGUAACAACAAUAAAAGGAUGGAAUCUUUAUCAAUUUGAUGUGAAUAAUGCAUUCUUGCACGGGUACACUCAAUCUAAAGCUGAUUACAAUUUAUUCACCAAGAAGAGCAACAAUUCAUUCACAACUAUUCUAGUGUAUGUAGAUGAUAUUAUUGUGGCUGAUGACUGCAUUGACACCAUCAAUCAUCUCAAAGCUUCACUUCAUGACAAGUUUAGAAUCAAGGAUUUGGAAAAGUUGAAGUACUUCUUGGGAUUAAGGUGA